AAUAUAAGGUCAUUAUCAAGCGUGACCUCUCAGCCUCUCCACCCCAACUCUUCACUCACUUUCACGUAGUGAAACCCGUUAAGUCGAGUAACUUGGUGGAAGAUUGGGUAACCAACCCCAGUGGGAAAUCAGGUCGGCGAACUGACGAGUGUAAAGGGGGCUCGGUGGGAGCGGUAGCUUGGUGUCACACUGGGUGAGGGUCCCACUGAGUUGGGUACUGUUGGAGGCAGGACAGUACUCUGGACGGUGAGAGUCUCGGCGUCUAUAGCCUUAGUCAGCUAGGCUACUGCCAAUCCCUGCUAAGCCCGGUACCUAAGCCCGGGUUAGAAAAACGGAAAGGUUGGCGUCUGGUCGGCGGCCGGCUGUAAAAACCCCUGCCAAAUCUGUAUGCAUGUCACGUCAAAUAAAUAAUGUAAAUGUUAGGGCGUCCCCUGCAGGCGACGCGCAGGUGCAGCACCCGGCGCCUGUGAGAAGUGGACUAGGGUUGUCGCACCACCCUGGGCGAGGGCGACGUAAGAAGCGAGUCCAGGUCAGGAGGCUACGAAUAGGGAGCUGGAAUGUAGGCACGAUGACAGGAAGAGGAGCAGAGCUUGCAAACAUACUACAGAAGAGGAGAAUUAACAUCGCGUGCCUACAGGAGACGAAAUGGAAAGGAACGAAGGCGAGAGAGUUGUCGGAUGGAUACAAGUUCUUCUACUGCGGGAAAGACGGGAAGAGAAACGGGGUGGGAAUUGUGUUGGAUAAGGACUUAAAGAAUAAUAUAAUAGAAAUUAAUAGAGUCAGUGAUAGAAUAAUUUACAUAAGGAUUUUACUGGGCGACCUGGCGUUGACUAUUAUGAGCGUAUAUGCACCCCAAGCUGGAUGUGAUGAAAGGAUAAAGGAAAAGUUCUGGGAAGAAUUCGAUACCACCUUAAUGAAUGUACCCUCUGAUGAUCAGCUGGUUAUAGGAGGCGACUUCAAUGGGCAUGUUGGCAAGUAUAACCAUGACUACGAACGCGUACAUGGAGGUAAAGGAUUUGGCAGUAGAAAUUUUGAAGGGGAGUGCAUAUUAGAAAUGGCUACAGCAUUUGACUUGGCUCUGGUUAACACAUACUUUCAAAAGAAAGAUGAACACCUUAUAACUUAUAAAAGUGGUCAACAUGCAACACAGAUAGACUACAUGUUAACCAGAAGAUCUGAUAUUAAAAAAGUCAAGGAUUGUAAAGUUAUACCCGGGGAGCCUCUAACUAGUCAACAUAGAUUAUUAGUCGUAGAAUUAGAUAUUGAUCUCAAUAGAAUUAAUUAUAGGCAAAAACAUGUACCAAAGACCAAAUGGUGGCUACUGCAAAAUGAAAAUUUUGCAGCAGAUUUUAAAGAUAGAAUAGUAAGAAAGAUUAGAGAAGUAGAAUUUAAUGAAAACAUAACUGUGGAUGAUGAUUGGAAUGUCAUCGCUAAUACCAUAAGAGAAUAGGCAAAGACUGUAUUGGGAGAGACAAAAGAAGUCAAGAAGAUAGAAAAGGAAACAUGGUGGUGGAAUGCAGAAGUACAGAGGGCCUUGAAAGACAAAAAGAAUGCAUUUAAAAAUUGGCAAGAAGAACUAAUAGAUGACCAAUUAAGAGCAGAGAAAAGGCAAAUAUAUCAGCUUAUGAAGAAGAAGUCUAAAACAUCUGUGGCGAUUGCAAGGUCCCAAGUACAAGAAGAACUGUAUAAACAACUUGAAAAGCCGGAAGGACAGAAAGCGCUAUUUAGAUUAGCGCGUAAUAGGGAAAGAAAUGCAAAAGAUAUGAUUCAGAUACGAUGUAUGAAAGAUGAGAAUGGAAGAGUAUUAACAAAAGAUGAAGAAAUAAAGGUGAGAUGGAAGAAUUACUUUGAACAAUUGCUGAAUGUAGAGAAUGAUAGAGUUGGUUUACCGGAACCGCAGGGCCUUAAUUUAGGAAUGGUAGAUAAGAUUAAUGAAUGGGAAGUCAAGCUUGCUUUACGAAAAAUGGGUAAUGGGAAGGCUGUUGGCCCAGAUAACAUACCUGUAGAAGUUUGGAAAUUAUUGGGAGAUGAUGGUAUUUAUUGGUUGACCUAUCUUUUCAAUAAAAUCUUCGCAGAGGAGUCAAUACCAACUGAUUGGAGAGGGAGUUAUCUGGUGCCAAUUUAUAAGGAGAAAGGAGAUAUUCAAGAUUGCGGAAAUUACAGGGGAAUUAAGUUGAUGGCACACACGAUGAAAUUGUAUGAGAAGGUUAUCGAAAGUAGGAUUAGGAGGGAGUCGACAGUAUCGGCAAACCAGUUUGGCUUCAUGCCUGGAAGGAGUACAACGGACGCCAUAUUCGCAGUGAGACAAUUGAUGGAAAAGUUUCGAGCUGUACAAAGAAACCUGCAUAUGGUGUUCAUUGACCUUGAGAAGGCUUACGAUCGAGUCCCGAGAGACCUGUUGUGGCGGUGCUUGCAGAACAAGGGUGUACCCGUAAAGUACAUAAGUAUUGUUCAGGACAUGUACGCAGGUGCCAACACACAGGUCCGCACCGCAGUCGGGGUCACCGACAGGUUCGAGGUCAGAGUAGGCGUGCACCAGGGUUCAUCCCUGAGUCCAUACCUAUUUUUGUUGGUAAUGGAUGCAUUAACAUCUGCAAUCCAGAAGGAGGCGCCCUGGUGCAUGCUCUUUGCAGACGACAUCGUGCUUGUCGAUGAGAGUGGGGAUGAAGUACAGGAGCAACUGAACCAGUGGCGAGAUACCCUAGAGAGUGUGGGAUUGAGACUGAGUAGGACCAAAACAGAAUAUAUGUUCUGUCAAUUCGGAGGGCCUACUUCAGCUGCGUCGAUAUCUCUGGGUACCUCGCCACUGGCAGUAGGUGAGGAUUUCCGAUACCUCGGCUCCCUUCUACAGAGUGAUGGAAGUAUUGACAGGGAUGUGACGAGACGAAUGAGUGCGGGAUGGAUGAAAUGGAAACAACUCACCGGCACGACGUGUGAUCGCAAGAUGCCAAUUAAGAUCAAAGGCAAAAUAUAUAAAAGCGUCAUAAGGCCGGUGAUGUUGUAUGGGGCUGAGUGCUGGGCAACCAAAGUAUGCGAUGAGAAAAGGAUGCAUGUGACAGAGAUGCGAAUGUUGAGAUGGAUGUGUGGGGUUACAAGAAAAGAUAGAAUACGAAAUGAGUAUAUAAGGGGAAGUAUGAAAGUGGCUCCUAUAGUGGAGAAGAUGAAAAGCCAUCGUCUUUCUUGGUUUGGGCAUGUCAUGAGAAGAGAAGAUGAUUAUGUUACAAAGAAAGUGUUGGAAAUGAGACCCGAAGGAAGGCGCAAGAGAGGAAGACCAAGAAAGACGUGGCUUGAUUGCGUGAAAGAAAAUAUGAGAGAGUGUGGAGUGAAUGAGGAUAUGACA